GAGUAGCUCGAGUUUUUCAAACUCUUGAAAGGAAUACAACUUCUAACCUCAAACUCAAAGAAGAAAAAAAAAACAAAGUGAACAAAAAUAACAAAAAUGCAAAAACAAUAACAAAAACAAAUAAAAAAUAAAACAAAACUCGUCCAGAGUCCAGCAAGCAAAUUCUAAUACCUCAUACCUACCCACCGGAUCCAGCAACAAAAAAAAAUCCCAUAUAUUGAAUAAACUUUUGUUUGUUGUUGUAGGUGGUUUAACAAAUUCUCUUUGCCAAAAGUUGCGUGAUGGAACAAGAAGAAUCAUCUCCUUCAGCGGCCAAAAAAGCCAAAUUGAAAAAACCCAGUAAACCUUCACCUGCAGCUGCUGCAGUUUUAGAUGCUUCUUCGCCCACCUCUACAAAUGAAUACAUAAUGAUUUUAGAUGUAGGUACUCCAACUACACCAACUAGUGUAAAGAACCUAAUCAAACCUCUUCCUAAUGUUAAUAAAACAAGUCCAAUAGCUGGCACAAGUAAAGACAAGAGCAGACGAAAGAAACGUGACAGUGCUUCGAGUGACGAAGAACGUUGGCUUACAGCUAUUGAAAGUGGUAAAUUAGAAGAUGUUGAUGAGGAGUUGAAAAAAAUAAAACCGAAAGAUCCGGCAUUGAUGACUGCAAGGCAACGGGCUAUGUAUGAUAGAAGUGGAAGUGACGGAAAUCUGCCUACAGCCACACCGACUUUAAUGUCUCUUCCCACAGGUUAUAAAGAAAAAGUCAUGACAGCUGAAGCCCUCCACAAAGCAGCACUUAAAUCUCAAAAACGAAAACAAUUAGCUGAUGAGAAACGUGAAAAAGACAAACUGAAAACAAUGGAGAGACUUUUGAAGAAGCAAGAUUCCAAAGCAACCAAACAGGCAAAAUAUAGAACAACACGUACAAAUGAUCCAUUGAUUAUUUAUAAACAAAAUUGUUUCACAACUGUUCUAUCUUUGCCUGAAGGAAUCGAUUUUCCUUUGAAGCCACAGAAGGUACAUAAACCUAAAAAACAAUCGCUUUGUAGUAUGGGCUGUGGGAAUUUCAAAAAAUAUUCGUGUUCCAAGACUGGUGUACCACUUUGUAGCUUAGAAUGCUACAAGAAAAAUAAUGUUAGGAUUACUAAUGUAAAAUAAUAUGAAAUUUUUAUGGAAAAUGUAUUGUUCUAUUGUUUUGGGAGUAAACUAUUAAUUUUUUGUGGAUAUUACAAAAAAAAUAUCGUAUUUACCAUGAGAGUGAGUAAAGUGCCCUUUCUCUAGUCUGGUCCCUUACCAAUAUAAUAGAACCAGCAAUUUUCUACUCAAGUCUUAAAUAAUUUUUUUGAAUUAUUUGCCUUUAUAGGGUUUAUAGAGAAAACAGAAAAGGGGAUGAAGUUAUAAUUUAUGUAUGUGAAAGCAUUGCAGGUGUCAAACCCACAGUAGCAUUAAACCAGAGAUUCCAUUCCGAUUUUAUUUGAUAUCACACUCACAACACUUCAGCUCUCUUUAGUAUGCAUAUACCUCGGCAUAUACAGACCACAAGACAUACCUAUAGAAACAGAGAACUUUUGGAGUACAUUAAACAAGUGUUCGAAUUCUUGACCAACACUAUUUAUUUAUUUAUUUACAAAUUCAAUUCACUACAGAAUAAAAUAUUCUAAAUGAUACAAAGAUAAAAAAACAAAAACAAAGAUUCACAACCAACAAAGGACAUAACGAAGUGGCACAGUCAGCCAGUCAUCUCAACAUCCUCUUAACAGAUACCAAACUAACGGAGAAAAGAUCACAAUCAUGGAAGUACCUAUUAUAAUUAUGAACUAGACGAUCUACAAAAGCAUUAAGGCCAUAGUUAGUUGUAUGAUAACGCUCGUAAAAUAACUGCACUUGUCCUGUACGUUUUAUUGGAAUUAAAAAUGUGAUCAAGUUUAAUAAUAAUAAUAAUAACAGACAUGUAUUUAUACUGCACAAAUAACAGAUUUUACAUCCAUAUAAAAAGUACAGUUUAGUAAACCUAUGGAAUCAGGAAGAAAAGAUCUUUCAUCUUAUAUCGCAUAAUAUACAGGGUUUUCUAUUAAGAAAAGUCAAAGUUGCCUACAUUUCUCCAUUUUCCGAUGCGAUUUGGUUUUUUCUGAUACUGUGAAAAGAAAAUAUAGAAAAAAACUGUCAAGUUUUGUAUUUGAAUUUUUUUUCUAUCUUAAAUAGAGGCUGUAGGUAUGGGUCCAAAU